AUGGCUGUUACUGUCUUUGAACGCAAGAUUGCUUCUCCAAUCCCUGCAGCCAAGGCGUUUAAGGGUCUCGUUACCGAUGCCGACAAUCUUGUUCCUAAAAUCCUUCCAGGGGUCGUUAAGAGCGUUGAGACUGUUCAAGGAAAUGGAGGGAUUGGAACUAUUAAGAAGACUACACUCCACGAAGGUAACGAAUUGAAGUCGUACAAACAUAAAGUAGACAAAUAUGACCCACAGAACUUUGUAUAUGAAUACAGUAUAUACGAAGGAGAACCAUGGAUUGAUGGAAUAGAGAAAGUCACAGUUGGAAUAGAAAUAGAGGGUUCAGGUGAUGGAGGAUCUGUUGUCCAUGUUAGUUGCAAAACCUAUCCAAAGGGUAAUAAUGCUGCGCUCCUUCAGGGACGCGUUGACUCUGACAAACAAAAGAUCGCAGGAAUGGUUCAGGCUGUUGAACAGUACCUGUUGGCAAAUCCUAAUGCCUACUAA